UUUAAGUAUCACAUUAUUCAAUUUCGGAUCAUAAAUAGUCCCAAGUUCCUUAAUUUUCUCAAACCUUCGUCACUUUCUCCUCCAAACAAUGGCUUCAGCGACACCUUCAAGCUCCUUCUGCAGCUACCUCAAGGUUUGCACCAAACCUAACAAUGGUAGAACCAGAGCUUCCUCUUUUCCUCGCAUUCUGUUCUGUCAGAAGCACCACGAUGAUGUUCCCACCGACCAAAUCAACCGAAGAGAACUCAUAUUGAGAAGCAGUGAAAUAGCGACCAUUGGUGCUAUCAUCAACUUCAGUGGGAAAAAACCUGAUUAUCUUGGAGUGCAGAAAAACCCACCAGCAUUAGCUCUGUGUCCAGCAACUAAGAACUGUGUAUCAACUUCUGAGAAUAUCAGUGAUCGCACACAUUAUGCUCCUCCUUGGAACUAUAAUCCUGAAGGCAGGAAAAAGCCUGUGAGCAGAGAGGAAGCAAUGGAGGAACUGAUAGACGUUAUUGAGUCAACAACACCAGACAAAUUUACACCAAGAAUAGUUGAAAGAAAAGAAGACUAUAUCCGUGUGGAGUAUCAAAGCUCAAUCUUGGGGUUUGUGGAUGAUGUUGAGUUCUGGUUUCCACCUGAUAAGGGUUCCACUGUGGAGUAUAGAUCUGCAUCUCGGUUGGGAAACUUUGAUUUUGAUCUGAAUAGGAAAAGAAUAAAGGCACUGCGACAGGAGUUGGAGAAGAAAGGAUGGGCAUCUCAAGACACGAUAUGAUGAUUGGAACAAAUCUCAUUGAAACAAAUCUCACAAAAUCAUCAUUGAAAGUAAUUUUUUUUCUUUGAUGAUUGGAACUAACCCCGUAUCAUCUUCAACUUCUUUAGUUUCUCCACUUGUUUACUCUUAACUCAGUUCAAUCUACAAUCAAUCAUUCUUGUUUCGAGAAUUUUUAUUUCUUGUGGUGGAAAGUUUGUCUACGUUUUUCUAAUUUAUGACACAUCGAUGCCAUGUUUUCAAAGACUUUCUAAUUUCCUUAAUAUUUUUAAC